AUGUGUGAUAUGUGUUCUCCGAAACAAGUUGUUGCCAUUACAUCGUGUAAAGGUUGCUUGAAGGAUAUGUGCCGUAGACAUUUCAAUGAUCAUCGGGAAAAACUUUUCAAAGAUUUACAAAAUGUCUUUGACCUUCAUGAUAAUCUUCUGCAAGAACUACAACUUACAACCAAUCGUGCAUCAAAAUCAUCAGAUAGUAAUAAUGCUCUUGCUUUAUUCAAACAAAUUGAUGAAUGGAAAGCGAAAACAAUCGAGCGUGUUUCGCAAGCAGCCAAUGAAGCACGAGCAAAUGUGGAACGCUUAUUUAGUAGAAAAGCGGAAUAUGAUCAAUUGAAGAAAAAAGUUGAUGAAAUUACGAAAGAGUUAAAAGACCAGCAAGAAUCAGAAAGUUUUGUGGAAACUGAUAUUGAUCAUUGGAUGAAACAAUUGAAACAACUAAAAGCUGAUCUUAAUCGACCAUCAAAGGUGGACACUGAUCCUCCUGUUCUUCAGGUGCAAAAUAUUGAUUGGAACACAAUUAUCAAGAUCUCUUCUUCUUAUAACGAACAUGGAAAACACACUAAUUUGGCUCAAAACCAACUGGAAAAAGGUAUGUUGUAUCUGCUUUCUAUAAAGUAUCCAUGA